AUGAAUUUUUUUUAGCUUUACAUAUUUUUUAAUUUUUUACUUGAAUUUCUACUUUGCUACGAUUCUCGCCUUUACGAUAAUUCGCUCCCUGUGUUUGAACCUUUUCCAAAAGCUGUGAUUGAUCCAACUAUUCCUUGUAAGAAUGGCUCAUCAGAUGUGAUGACUUAUUUUAGAAGCAGUUAAAUAAAUUUACUUGCUGUCAGCUUGUAGAAAUGUGGUUUUGGAAUUUAUGAUGUGACAAAUGUUUAAGAAGGUGUUUAACUUGUAAAUUUCUACCCUUACUCGCCAAAAAAAGGAUAAGUUCUCUCUCUGAGUAUUACAGACUCAAAUAAAUUUAUUUGGGUUAGUUAUAAAUCAGGGUUUCUUGAUAUCUAAGAUGUAUCUUAAUCAUAAUUUCCAAUAGUUUUAACACAGAAUAUUACAUUUAAAGAUUAAUAAGACUAUGUUAUGAAAGUUAUUUAAUUUUAACAAUUUAACUUAACUUUUUUAGCAUGUAUUAAUAACUUCAAACUGAUUUCAUUGGCAAAUAGCAAUAUUAGUAUUAUCUAAACAGUUGAAGUAAAUGAUUUUAACAUAUAUGAUAUUUAAUUUGCAUUGUAGAAUUCAAUUCUUUGUGUUCAAAGCUAUAGCUUAAUAAACUUCUACUAAUAAAGUAUUGAAGAUUUAAAGAAAGGCAAGUUCAAUAAUAUUUGCUCUUACUCACCAGGCCAAGGUUCUACUUUGAGUUCUUUUUAAGUAAUUCAUGAAAAUAUACUAGUUAUAUAAAUAUAAUAUAUCUAAUACAUCAUGGUUGAUAUUUAAGAUUAUAUUAAUUCUUACGACGGAAUUACAUGCGAUCCAAGUAAAAUAAUUCAACUUGAUACCUAUCCUUCUAGUCCAUUAGGUAAUAAAUUUGCUCUUUCAAUUGAUUAGAAUUUCUUGUAUACUUAAUUGAGUUCGAUAGGAGUAGUGGUAUUUGAUAUCAGAUAAAAAAUGCUAGAGCCCUUUUAAAUUAUUUAGACUGGUGGGACUUGUGCAGAUUUAAAGCUAAGUGAUGAUGGAAAUUACAUAUUUUAUUCGAGUUGGUAUAAUGUUCAAAUUUUUAAAAAAACUAUUCCAAACUUAAACUUAGAUGUACCUAACCUCCUACUGAAUAACUAUUAACUUGUUAGUAAUUCCUUCUAUAAACCUCCUGGCGGAAGUUUUGAUAAUUAAAUGUAUUUUUAGACCCCUGAAAACAUUUUAUAUGUUUCAAGAUACAGUUAUGGAAGCGCAUUUUUUUAAUAUAAAGGAAAUGGAAUUCUGUAAUUAGAAUCAUAAUUAAACAAUAAUGACUCAAGCAUUUCUGUGUCCUAUUAAACUAGAGUUCCAAAUACUAGUAUAAUCUAUCAAAGUUUAGAGUCACAAGGUCUCUAAAUUGUGGAUUGCAAAGAUAUAAAUGCACCAAAAAUAGUAAAGACAGGCAUUACUCUAGGUUAAUCUAGUUACAGAUUUGAGCAAAUAGAAUUCAAUAAAAAAGGAAAUUUAGCUUUUGUCGCUAAUUUAGUUAAUGUAAUUAUUAUAGACACAAAUGACCCAUUGAAUCCUAAAGUAGUUUCUGUAAUAAAUACUUCAGUCUACUUUGAAGGUGAUUCAAGCCUUUACACCCUUGGUCUUUCCAUAGAUGAAAAAACUUUAAUUUUGAAUCCUUAAGAUUAUGGUAUUGCUUUUGCAGACAUCUAAGAUCCUUCUAACCCUUACUUGUUUUACAAGCUAAAUCUUGGAAUAACAUAUUCAUUUACGUUGUCAUCAGAUGGAAAAUAUAUUUUUUUAUGUGUUAGCUUUUAAGGUAUCCAUAUUUAUGGUAUUAAUUCUGAUAGAAGUAUCACAUUUGUUUCGAAAUUUUCAACUAGAGGUGUUGUUGGAUCAGCAUUACUACUAAAUAAUGAUAACUACCUAAUUAUUUCAACUGAAGAGAUAGAUUCAUUAAUUUUAGUGAGUAUAGUUGACAAAUCUAAUCCAGUAAUAUUGCAAAUUCUUUCUCUUCCUGAUAAUGAUCCUAAUUGUUGGUUGGUUGCUGCACCAGAUUACUCUUAUAUAUUUGCUUUAUCUUAGCUUGCAUUAUAUUAAUGUUUUCUCUAAAGUCCAAUAAUUUUCCACUCUUCUAUUUAUAAAUUGAAAAAAAUCUCAAAUUCUAAUAUAUACUAAAAAGAAUUAAUACCAAGUAAUAUGACUUUUUAAGUGGGAGAUUAUAUUCAAAUUUAUUUAGUUAAUAUUUACUAAUCUAAAAGCGUUUAAAUUAAAAAAGCUUAAUACUAUUUUAACAAUGUUUUACUAGAAUUACCUAGUUGGAUAUAGUUUUCUCCAUAAAAUUAAGUUUUAAGUAUAUAAACGUCCAAUGAAUCUUUAGUAGCAGGCAGCGAUGGAAUGUAUUAAAGUAAAUCUCUUCAAUAGGUAGUGUUUUUAUGCUACUAAUAGUUAGAUGACUUUGCAUUCGUUAACUAAUUUCUUAAUAUAAAUUAAGAAGAUUCUGUUAAAAUUAAAUAAAUAUGCAUGAACGUUGGAUAUUUAGAUUCAGCUGGCUUUGUAUCUUCUUAGUACUCCCCUUAAAAUGUGUUUUAAUUCUUAGACACUAACUCACUUAAUGUUCUUUAGAAGUGGAACUAAACACAAGGUUAAUUCAGUUAGGUUUUAAGUUUCAUAUAAAUAACUUUAAAUCAAAAUAUAAUUAACUAUACAAUUUAAUUUUAUACACAAACUUCCCUCAUAGUAGAUUUAUCUAAUUCUGUGAGCCCAAUAUCUUCAAAUCAGAAUUCUAUAAUUGUAACAAUAAAUACAUCAUAUGGAAAGUUUGUCAAUAAACUUUAUUCAGGAAUACUUGUUCUCAUUAAUUCUGAAUAAAAUACUAUACAGCUUCAAGGUUCUGUGAUUAAUGUUAAUCAAGCUUUAGAGUAAACAAUAAAAUUAUCUUUAAAUAAUACACAAAAUGUAAACUAAACUGAAAUUUAAAUAAUUGUGAACGAUCAAAUUAACUACAAUUAUGAUUAAACACUUUCAUUAUAAAAAUCUAAAUUUAUUUCUUUGCAGUCUCCAGUUUUACUUAAAAGCAUUCUACAAAAUGAUUUUAAUAAUUAGUUUCCAAAAGGCUAAAUUGCAGUUUAAACUCCAUUAAGCUAUAGAAUUGGUGAUCAAGUUUUCUAAUGUCUAGACUCUCCUCAACUAACCUACACUGCAAAAAUAAAAAAGGAUGAUGGGUAAUAUGAAAAUAUUCCAGCAGGCUACUGGCUCUCUUUUUAAUCAAAUGAAAGAACUCUUGUAGGAACUCCUUCAACAAACUUAUUUUAUUAGAGCGAGACUAUUUUAAUAGAAGCAACAGAUGGAUAUACAGUUGCAUCUGAUGAAUUUACAAUGAGCGUUACUGUUAUCCCUUUUUAUUUGGUGAUAUAAAUUAUUAUUUAAAUCCUAGGACCCCUAUUAGGAAUUUUAGGGAUCUGGAAAUACAGAACAGUAUUUUACAACCUAAUAUUUAGAUACUUCUUGACAUACACGAAGGAAGUAGCAUAUUAGUAAGAAUAUUAUGAAAAAAAGAUAUUUAUAAGUGGAAACACUUUAAAUACUGCAAUUUAAUUAUGGAAAGAAAUUUAGAAUUAGAUAAAGCCAAAGUACAUAUAGUAAUAAAUAAAUUAAGUCUUCAACAAAUAAAAUUCAGUGAUUUAAAUGAAUGUAUUUCACGAAUAACUUAAUUAGAAGGCAGAGACUUUUAAUUUAUAAGAAGAGAUGAAAAAAUCAAUUUACCCAUAAGGCAUUCUAUAAGUAGAUGAUGAAGUUUAUGAAUAAAUUUUAUCUCCAUAAAAUGAUGAAAAUCUAACUAAGAUAGGAGAUUUACAAUCUGUAUUUUCUUAAGAAAAUAUCUUGAAAUAUCAAACACCCUAUAAAAAUUAAAGCUAGAGUAGAUCACAGAGAAAAUUUAAGUAAUCUAGAUUAGUGACUCAGUCUAUGUAAAAUAAAAAUUAUCAGGAGAAGAUCACCUAAAAUCUAUGCAAAGAUUUAAAUGUUAAAAGCAUUUAAUAAAGCUAAUUAAAUCCAAAUAAUAAUUCGUUAAAUCUAAAUUUUUAACUUUUUGAAAGUUCUGGUUAAAUAAAUUUUAAAUAUAUUUAAGAAUUAAUAAUUUUGUAACAGUAAACUGUCAACCCUACAAGAAGAAUACUAACAAAUAAAUUGUAAAAAGAACUAGAAAAUGAAAAUUCGUUGCUUUCGACUAUGAUUAAAGGACUUGCAGCUGAAUAUUUUGUUGAAAAUUAUCCAAUAGUAAAGAGAAUUAUUAUCUUACUUUAAGAAAAGGCCCUUAUCAUAUUCAAAAAAACAGAUUGGUACAGAGCAUAUGUAGGUUUAAAAUAAGUUUAGUAAGACUAAGAGGAUUACUAAGCUUAAUAUCAAUUAAAGUAUGAAUGCAUAAAGCUUGCAUUUAAAGAGAUAACAGAAGAUAUGAAAAAAGAAACUAAUCCAUAAAACCAAAGAAAUAAUAACCAAGAACAAUUAUAUAAUGGAUUAAGUGUUUAUGAUUUAUCUAUUUAUUUACCUCUUAUUGAAUAGCAUUUAUUUGCUAUCGCACUUGGGGUUACAAUUUAAAAAAGAAAAUUCUUUUAAGUUUCUUUUGGAGAUUCCUUUCACUGCAACUCUUAUCAAAUACGUGCUAUAAAAUUUUAUGAAAAAGGUAUUUUAUGCCGUUGCUGUGUAAAGGCAUAAGAACUUCUUGGAGUAGAUUUAGUUGAGAAAGGACUCUCUGAAAAUGAAAGACUACCUGAAUGGAUGCAAAUCAAUUUUUAGAAGUCAUAUAUUUAAAUUAAAGGCAUGCCAGAUUAAAAAAGUGUAGGAUAGUAUAGGAUUAAAAUAUAUGACUUUAAUGGUUAUCUAUUAAGAUAAUUUGAUAUUUAAAUUCUCCCAAAUCAGCAAUUAACAAAUAGGCUAAUAACAAAAUCACCAGAAAUAGACUCUUAGCAAAAUAUAGAUACACCAAAAUAUUAAAAAUUUAGUUAAUUCAAUAAAACUAAUUUCCUAUUGAGUGCCUUAACUCCUAAAACUAAAAGUGAUGAAGUGUUAGAAGAAGAUGAUAUAAAGACAAGUAAAAUAAAAAAUAUUAUCAAUAAAUCAAAUAGUAAAAAUAUUGAUGAGUAAAAGUUUUUUACAACUUAAUGA